AUGAGCGCAUCGAUUCCCGUAGUGUCUCUUGUAAGGAUAAGAACACGGAAUUAUAGAUUAUUAACGAAAGUAUCCGAAGAAAAACAGCUAGACCAAAAGGUACCGAACCUCAUUCAACUGUCUCCAAAUCGUGAAAAGUUGACUUUCGGUUGCUUAAAGAAGAAUCAUCCACUGCCUGAUAUUUGUCUCGAAAGUGACUGUAAAAAGAUCAGGAUUGCCCGCAAGCAUGCCACGAUCCGUCGAACUAGUACCGGUCAGUUCAAGAUCAGAGAUAAGAGCCUUUACGGAACUUACCUAAACUACAGGCGGAUCAAUCAUAGCGCCUCACUGAAAAGUGGGGAUGUACUCUGUUUCGGAAGCAUCAAUGGAUUUCAAAUCAAACCUAAAGGGAAAAUCAGCAAGAACUCUUCAGAUUUGAAGUUCAGAAAAAUUUGCAAAGUAUGGAGUCAAGAAUCAGAAGAUCGAAUGCUUCUGGCCUUACUUAUUAUUGUCAAGGCAUUGAGGAGAAAUCCUGAUUAUUAUAGUGCCUGCACCAGAUCAAUGUAUCUUACAUACGUUAAAAACUCAAAAUUCAUCUACGGAAACAAUAUUGCAAAGAAUAAUUUAAUGAAGAGGGGUCUUUUGGAGGUCUACUCACUUCAGCUCGAGGAAGCCUAUAAGCAUGCCUUCGUAUUCAUUAGACAAUUAGCUAUAACCGUUCGUAAAGCCUUGCUUCAUAGCAGUAAAGAUGAAAUUCGCUCAGUUUAUAACUGGCAAUUUAUCUGCAGUCUUAAACUUUGGUGUGAAUUUGUUGCUCGAUAUGCGGGAUCAAGCGAACUUAUAAAGUCGCUUAUCCACCCCUUAAAUACCAUUAUCAUUGCCGCUAUAAGACUUAGUCCAGGAAGUCGCUGGAUUCCUAUUCGUUUCCAUUUCAUUGAAUGUCUUCAUAUCCUCGCUGGAGUUGAUAAAAAACUUCGCGUUUUAGUAAGCCAGGAGAAUAAUGCAGAUGAGAUUAAAGUUUCCCCUCCAGUUUUGGUUUCCAGUUUACCUCUUCUCCUGGACGUUUUUCAACUAUUUGACUUUAACAAACGUUCAAGCGCUGCUUCAAAUGCUCCAAUGGAUUUGAGACUGAUGCUGCAUUUCUCGCCAUCUCAACGUAAACAGACCGCUUGUGCAGAUGCUGUUGCUGCUUGGCUUCAUGAUCUUCUCGCCGAGUCGCUCUGUCUUUAUGCAAACUCCGUUGCGUUUCCUGAAUAUUCAUCAUCUGCUGUUACUGAGGUGAAAAGUUUCCUCAAAACCUGUAAGGUUGCUAAUUUCACCCGCAAUUUCAAGUCCCUCCUCGCCAAGGUCAAAGAGCACGUGGAUCUAGUGAGACGGAAGCGAGAUUGCAUCAAAAGCCUCUUUGAACAGCAGGCUAUCACCACCUUGGAAGUAGCUUUUGGACAACCAGACACUCCUCUUCUUGACUACUAUGUGAAGCAUCGCAAGAUUCGUGUUCAUGAGCUCUCUGUUCUCGCUGAACGCUUCAAGAGCGAAGACAUGGAGCAUAUGAAGACCGAGGACGCUUUUGCUGACGAGAAGGAUGCUAUUCAACCGAAUAACACAGAUGAUGCAGCAGGAACACUCUCUCCUAAGAAGCGUGGAAAAUCUAGGAAAGUGGAAAGCGAUGAAUCGGAAGAGUCUGACGCGGAAAGUGACGCCUCUUAUGAUAUUGAUGAUGGCAGAACUGUGGUCCACGUCUCUCGUUCUGGCAAGAGAUCUAAGAAGGAGAAGAGAGAUAGUGCUGAAUCAGAUUCUGGGGAUGAUGACUUUGACUUGGAUGCUGCUUUAGCUGGAGAUGAAGCAGAAAAAGACUUGGCUCAAUCAGGGGAUGAGGAUGAAUUGAAGGAGUUCCGCAUUGAUGACUUUGAGGAUUGCGACGAGGAAGGGGAGGGUAGGAAUGGAGAAAGUGAUAGUGAUAGACUUCGACGACUCAUGAAAGAGGAUCCGGAUCUUGCCGGUUUGAGCGACGAAGAAUCCGAAGUUGAUGAUGAGGCGGAAUUGAUGGAUAUCGAUAUGGAUGAUUUUAGUUCUGGAGAUGAUGAAGACGUUGAAAUGGAAGUUCCAUCAGCCGAAGUUCAUGAAAGCGAUGUUGGAGGUCAAAGGAAGCCUGUAAUUGCCAAUGGCGGCUUCAAGAAGAGGAAGAAACAGAACGGAACUGCGAAUAAACCUCAGCAGAAACAGAGUUUAGGAAUAAAGAGCAAUGGUGGUGAUAUUGGCGGUGGAAAGAAGAGCAGAAAGAAGAAUAAGAAGCGACGUAGGAAGAAUGUGAAGUAG